CCUCCUCUGCUUCUCCCACCACCUCACUACCUCUCGCCGCGAGAGCAGCAGCGCUCGUGUUCGGUCAAAAGCCUCGCCGCGGCGAGCUCGAGCUCAUUCGCAUUCCGGAGGGGAGGGAGGGAUGGGGGACGAGUCGGAGGGGGAGACGGAGGAGUACCUGUUCAAGGUGGUGAUCAUCGGGGACAGCGCGGUGGGGAAGAGCAACCUGCUGUCCCGCUACGCCCGCAACGAGUUCAAUCUCCACUCCAAGGCCACCAUCGGCGUCGAGUUCCAGACGCAGAGCAUGGACAUCAACGGCAAGGACGUCAAGGCCCAGAUCUGGGACACCGCCGGCCAGGAGCGCUUCCGCGCCGUCACCUCCGCCUACUACCGCGGCGCCUUCGGCGCCCUCCUCGUCUACGACAUCUCCCGCCGCUCCACCUUCGACAACGUCGGUCGCUGGCUCCAAGAACUCAACACACAUUCGGACACGACUGUAGCCAAGAUGUUGGUGGGCAACAAGUGUGAUCUGGAUAAUAUCCGUGAAGUGCCGGUAGAGGAAGGCAAAGCACUUGCUGAAGCUGAAGGGCUGUUCUUCAUGGAGACCUCUGCUCUGGACUCGACAAACGUGAGGACAGCUUUCGAGAUCGUAAUCAAGGAGAUCUACAGCAACGUGAGCAGGAAGAUCUUGAAUUCGGACUCCUACAAGGCGGAGCUAUCCCUCAAUAGGGUAAGCAUUGAGGGUGAUUCGAAGGAUGAUCAGAAACAGUCAAACCGGUUUGGAUGUUGCUAGGGGUUUUAGUACAUUAUUAUUAUUGGAUUCACUGUGAUAUGAAGGUUUUUUGUUCAUUAAUAUUAUUAUUAUUAUCUGUAAACUUGUAAUCCAAAUUGUUUUUUGGUUUGGUUACUCUGGUACACACUGUGACACUGAGAUACAAAGUGAGAGAAGAAUAGUUGCUGGUAAUGAAUAGUUGAGAGGACUGCUUUGUGCUGUUACCUGAAAAAUUCAUGAUCCCCAACUUUGUCAA